GUCAUGGUGGACUACGCCACGUGUUACCCCGAAGCAGUCCCGCUGAGAAAGGCCACGACCAGGAGCUGAUGCUCUUUUUCAGCAGAGUGGGAAUCCCGAAGGAUCUGCUUACAGACCAAGGUGAUUUCUUUCACUUGACUUCAGGCCAGGGGAAACACACACUCUCUCAGUCCUGCCCAUCUUCCCUUGACGCCGACCCAGAAACCUGCGCCCAAACUCGGAUCAGCAUGUCUUCACUCAGCAUCCUCCUCUUUCCCUCACGUCACCAUGUCUGUCGUCAACUCUGCCCGCUUCUCUCCCAAAUGCUGAUUUCACUUAUACAAAUGGCACAUACUGAAGUGCUGAUUUCACUUAUACAAAUGGCACAUACUGAAGAGACACCAAAGCCAGUACUAAGUGUAUCUCCACAGAACUGGCUGACUGAAGGAGACUCAGUGACUCUAAGCUGUGAGGUUACAGACUCCUAUACAGACUGGACAUUCAGCUGGUACACAGUUGAUAGACAGAAUCAAUUUUAUUCUUAUUUUUUUGAUGAAGAGUUUAAACCGAAGCACCUCUCAGACAGCAGCAGAGGAUCUGGAGGCUCCUACACUCUCAGUCCUGUUGCUCUUAAACACACAGGAGUUUAUGUGUGCAGAGGAGAGAGAGAAGAACCAGCCAUUUACACAGGGUACAGCAAUGAACAGCCUCUAUGGAUCACUGGUGAAUCUCCUCCAGUGUCUCUGAUCAUCAGUCCCAACAGAACUCAACACUUUACUGAUGACUCUCUCACUCUGAGCUGUGAGGACCAGAGUAACUCUACUGGAUGGACAGUGAGACAAUACACAGACAGUAAAGAAGUGUUUGAUUUUUUCCUGUGGUAUUUAUUUACAGAAUCUACAAUGGAAGUUAACUCCCUCUCCUCAGACCAAACUGGAGUUUACUGGUGUGAGUCUGAAUCUGGAGAAAACAGUAAUCCUGUCAACCUCACAGUUCAUGAGAGACCACAGGCAGUACUGAGUGUAUCUCCACAGAACUGGCUGACUGAAGGAGACUCAGUGACUUUAAGCUGUGCGGUUACAGACUCUUCUACAGACUGGACAUUCAGCUGGCACACAGUUGUUCAUUACCGUGGAUUUGAUUAUCAAUCUGUUGAAGUGAAGCUCCUCUCAGACAGCAGCAGAGGAUCUGGAGGCUCCUACACUCUCAGUCCUGCUGCUCUUCAUCACACAGGAGUUUAUAAAUGUAGAGGAGAGAGAGGAGAACCUGCUAGUCACACAGAGUACAGCAAACCACAGCCUCUAUGGAUCUAUGGUGAAUCUCCUCCAGUGUCUCUGAUCAUUAGUCCCAACAGAACUCAACACUUUAUUGAGGACUCUCUCUCACUGAGCUGUGAGGACCAGAGUAAAUCUACUGUAUGGACAGUGAGACAAUACACAGGCAGUGAGACAGAUUUUUUCCUGUGGGAUUCAGUUGCAGAAUCUACAAUUGAGGUCAACUCCCUUUCCACAGCCCACACUGGAGUUUACUGGUGUGAGUCUGAAUCUGGAGAAAAGAGUAAUCCUGUCAACAUCACAGUUCAUGAGAGACCACAGGCAGUACUGAGUGUAUCUCCACAGAACUGGCUGACUGAAGGAGACUCAUUGACUCUAAGCUGUGAGGUUACAGACUCCUCUACAGACUGGACAUUCAGCUGGCACACAGCUGUUCCUUAUGUACAAUUUCAUUUUAAUUUCCUUGCUGAAGAUUUUAAACCAAAGCUCCUCUCAGACAGCAGCAGAGGAUCUGGAGGCUCCUACACUCUCAGUCCUUCUGCUCUUCAUCACACAGGAGUUUAUGUGUGUAGAGGAGAGAGAGGAGAACCAGCUAUUUACACAGGGUACAGCAAUGAACAGCCUCUAUGGAUCUCUGGUGAAUCUCCUCCAGUGUCUCUGAUCAUCAGUCCCAGCAGAACUCAACACUUUACUCAUGACUCUCUCUCACUGAGCUGUGAGGACCAGAGUAACUCUACUGGAUGGACAGUGAGACGAUACACAGACAGUGAAGGAGUGUUAGAUUGUUCACAGUGGGGAUCAGUUACAGGAUCUACAUGUAACAUUAGCUUCCUCUCCACAUCCUACACUGGAGUUUACUGGUGUGAGUCUGAAUCUGGAGAAAACAGUAAUCCUGUCAACAUCACAGUUCAUGAUGGUGAUGUGAUUCUGGAGAGUUCUGUCCAUCCUGUGACUGAGGGACAUCCUCUGACUCUACGCUGUUUAUAUCGUAACACAAAUCCAUCAAACCUCCGAGCUGAUUUCAAUAAAGAUGGAUCAGUUGUCCAGAACCAGAAUACAGGAGAGAUGAUCAUCCAUAAAGUCUCAAAGUCAGAUGAAGGUUUCUACCACUGUAAACACCCAGAGAGAGGAGAGUCACCGAGAAGCUGGAUCUCAGUCAGAUGUUCAUCAUGUGUAGAAGCUCCAUUCUCAGUGCUUAUGAUCAUCAGUAGUGUAGUGACGGCCUCUCCAUAUCUGCUGACCACCAUUAUUCUGCUGGUCAAAUGUUACAGAGCUCGAGCUGAAACUGAUGAAGAGAACUGAGAGUGCAGUCACAGAGGAGUGAACAAAGUUCAAGCAUAAAAAGAGGAUAGAAUGCCUAUUUUUUGUUUCUUUUGUUUUCUUUAAAGUUAUUUUAAGGAUUUUAUAAUAAUGCUGUUGCGCUGUUUAUAUCACAGUAUUUUACAGACACUGGUUCUGACCUGAUUUUUGUGAAACGAAAGAAUGAAGAUGUUGCUAAUGCAAAGUAUGGAGAUAAAAUUUGCAUAUUCCUUUAAUAUAAAUGAAAAGAGGAAAGUAAAAAAGUAAUAAGCUUAUAGUUUGAUGCAGUGUGUGAGGAUUGUGCUUCGCUUUUGAACAUAAAUUCUUAAAUGAUUUUUCACAUUAUAACCUCAAUACAUUUCAUGUAACAUUACAAUAAUCCUCUUGGUGUGCAUUGUUCAGAUCAGAUUCAAAGUGUGUAUUUUAUAUAUUUUAAUUGCCUUUUUUUUAUCCGUGUGAACUUGAAUUGUAGUGUGAGGAGAUUUGCAAUUUGAGUGUUUUUAUAAAAUGCAUCAUUCACUGACUUUCACCUGGUUGCAAUAACAUAUAUGAAGUACAUGUAAACAAACUUCUUCUGUUCCAAUUCAAAUCGCGGCAUUUAUAAUUUUAUAUGAUCAUGUAUUGCUACUUAAACAUUUGCGAAGCCUAAAUAAUAAACAUUUAA